AUGGAUAUCUUGCAGAAGAAGCCCGUUAACCACGCCAUUCACACAAGUCCAGCCAACGACCUAAGGCUGGUGGAGCGUGAGGUCCCUUCCAUAGGACCCAACGACUGCUUGGUUCACGUUCGUGCCUCCGGUAUCUGCGGUUCCGAUGUCCACUUCUGGAAGCAUGGGCGUAUUGGUCCCAUGAUUGUUACUGGCGACAAUGGCCUUGGACAUGAGAGUUCUGGUGUGGUUUUGAAGGUUGGAGAAGCCGUUACGCGGUUCAAGCCUGGCCAGUACAACGCCUGCCCAGACGUAGUCUUCUUCUCUACGCCUCCGUACCACGGGGUUCUCCGCAGGUAUCAUGCCCACCCUGAAGCUUGGCUGCACAAGCUACCGGACCAUGUCUCCUUUGAGGAAGGGUCGUUGGUCGAGCCCCUUUCCGUCGCUCUGGCUGGUAUCGACCGCUCAGGGCUGCGGUUGGCGGAUCCUCUAGUCAUCUGUGGUGCUGGCCCCAUUGGACUUACCACUUUGCUCGCGGCGAAUGCCGCCGGGGCUGAGCCUAUCGUGAUUACGGACAUUGAUCAGACCCGGCUUACAAAAGCCAAAGAGCUUGUUCCUCGAGCUCGGCCGGUACUGGUUGAGAAGGGGGUUGACGAACAGGGUGUUGCAGCCAAGAUUGUGCAAGCACUCGGUCAGCAGGCCAAGCUUGUGAUUGAGUGCACCGGCGUGGAGAGCAGUAUACACGCAGGCAUUUAUGCCACCCGUUUCGGCGGUGCUGUCUUUGUCAUUGGCGUGGGCAAGGACUUCCAGAACAUCCCCUUCAUGCACCUGUCCGCCAAUGAAAUCGAUUUGAAGUUUCAGUACCGGUACCACGACACAUACCCCAGGGCAAUUAGCCUAGUGGCAGCGGGUAUCAUCGAUCUCAAGCCGUUGGUUACACAUCGGUUCAAGUUGGAGGACGGAGUGGAUGCAUUCAAGGUUGCCAGCACGCCAGGGGCCCGAGCAAUCAAGGUCCAGAUAUUGGAUGAUGAAUAA